UCUUAAAGGGGCAGCGUCAGCUAGCGGCAUCCUCGGGGACCUGAGGUUCCUUAUUUACCCCAGAGCUCAGGGCCCACACAGCCGCCCAAUAGGACUCCGGCGCUGCGUCCAUGGGCCUAGGCCUGGUCUUGCACGAAGCUGCCAUGGCACACAGGACAACAGCGAGGCCGCCCGGCAGGGGGUGGCGGGCCGGGUGCUUUCCCCUUUAAGAGGCAGCCGCGAGGAUGCCAGAGGGCGUCGUUGGGCCCUAUAAAGGGGCGGGUGCGCCGAAGGCUGACUCGGCUUCGCUCUAGUCUCCCCUGCCGGCUGAGGCGUUGGAGCGGAGGCGCGCGCGGGGAGGGGGAUGGACUUCAACAUGAAGAAGCUGGCCUCGGACGCGGGGGUCUUCUUCAGCCGGGCCGUGCAGUUCACAGAGGAGAAGCUGGGCCAGGCUGAGAAGACUGAACUAGAUGCCCACUUUGAAAACCUUCUGGCCAAGGCAGACUGCACAAAGAACUGGACUGAGAAGAUCUUGCAUCAGACUGAGGUGUUGCUGCAGCCAAACCCUAGUGUCAGAGUGGAAGAAUUCCUUUAUGAGAAACUAGACCGGAAGGUGCCAUCUCGUGUUACCAAUGGGGAGCUGCUGGCCCAGUACAUGGUGGAGGCAGCCAAUGACUUUGGGCCAGGGACUCCAUAUGGGAAGACCCUACUCAAAGUUGGAGAGACCCAAAAGCGCCUAGGGGGAGCCGAACGUGAUUUUAUGCACUCUGCCUCCAUCAACUUCCUGAAUCCUCUGCGCAGCUUCCUGGAAGGGGACUGGCGAACUAUCUCUAAAGAGAGGAGGAUCCUGGAGAACCGCCGUCUGGAUCUGGAUGCCUGCAAGGCCAGAUUGAAGAAAGCCAAGGCUGCUGAGGCAAAAGCAUCGGCAGAACAUGAGCUCCGGGUGGCCCAGACUGACUUUGAUCGGCAGGCAGAAGUGACGCGCCUCCUGCUGGAGGGGAUCAGCAGCACACAUGUGAAUCACCUUCGCUGUCUUCAUGAGUUUGUAGAAUCUCAGACUACCUACUAUGCUCAGGGCUACCAGUACAUGCUGGACCUGCAGAAGCAGUUGGGCAGAUUUCCAGGUACAUUUGUGGGCAAUGCAGGGUCCACAUCGCCUCCCCCAGCUACCACCUCUCCCACUACUGUUGCUGCCACCAUUCCUGUUGUGCCCACCGUAGGCAGGGCACCUAACCCUGCCACAGCUGUUGAGGGGGCACUGAACCUGAAUGAUGUCAAGCCUCCAGCCAGCGGGACCCGGAAGGCCAGAGUUCUCUAUGAUUACGAAGCAGCUGACAGCCGUGAGCUGGCGCUAUUAGCAGAUGAGAUGAUCACAGUGUACAGCCUGCCAGGGAUGGAUCCAGAUUGGCUCAUAGGGGAGAGGGGCAACCAGAAGGGCAAAGUUCCUGUCACCUACUUAGAACUGCUCAGUUAAAUGCUGCCAGGAAGGAGAAUCUACAAGCAAAAUGCAACGCUCCAUGUCCUGGCACUUUUAAUGCCAAUUCCUUCAUGAGACCAUUGCUCUCUUCAGGGUCAACUCACUCACAACUAACAUGGGAAUUAGGAAGAGAUGACUAGCUGGUGGGUGGGGGAGGAAGGGUCACUUCACCUUUCAAGGCCCCUGGAGCUAAAUUCAUUUUAACUGUCCACGCAGCCUGCUUUGAGGGUUAGUUGUAAGGGUCAUGUGGUGUUGAGAUUCCCUCUACUGAUCCCUUUCCCCUGCCCUGCUUGUGUUUAACUGUGCUGGCUUUCCAGGAACCAGCCCUGUCUCUUCUCCUCAAAAGCUGCUUGUGGUGUUUGAGACCAAAACUAUUUUCUUUUGUGUUGGGCAUCUUUGCACCUGUCUCCCCUCCCUCCCUUUGUCUUCUCAGAGGCUCUUUACCAGGGUACUCUUGCUUGGGCCACAUCAUUAUAUGCAUUCCAGUGGGGCAGAGGCACUGGGUCUUUUUCAAAAUGCUAACACUGGCAUGUUCUAACAAGAACAGAGGCCAAGGCCAUGAGGCGCUGUAUGGAAUAUUGCUGUAUUUGGAUAGCAUGUCUCUGGAUGGGGAAUUGUUCUCUUACAAAGCACUCCAUUCCCAUGGAGGAACAAUAAAGCAGGACUUUAAUGCCAAGCAGGGCUACUAUAAUGGUGUUUGAUGGCUGCUGCCUGGCCCAGAAUGACUAGUUAACUUUAUUCCAGUUUCACUAAUCUAAUGACCCAAGGCCAGUACUGCAAGAACUAAACCACCUUUCAGUGCAAGGGAAUGUGCAUCUUGCUUGCAUUUCCUCCAAGCAAUUGGGCAUGGACUGAGCUUACAAGCCUUUUAAAAAAAGCUUUUGCUGUGUUCAGGCUCACUAAUCUUCUCGAUGGGGGUUUUUCCAGGCCUGCUUUGUGGGGGGUGGCAUUUAGCCUGCUAGUCUGUCUUAACAAUGAGAUUAAUUUAAAUGCUCUUGUCCCAUCCAGCUGGUAGUGAACAGACCUGGCACAUCCUAGCACAGCAUGUGGGAUGGGUCCUCUUAUACUUUGUAUAUUCACAGUGAGCUUUUUACUGUUUCAUAUGCCAACAGGUAGUAAUUGGUUCUGCUUUCUCAUCCCUCCUUCCCAUUUUGUUGUCCAGUUGAACCAUCACAAAUACCAAGGAGAAUGGAUGAAGUAAUAAAGGCACUUUGGUCUGAAAGCUCUCCCUAUGAGGUGAUGAGCUCAACAGCUGAGGGAUUUAGAUGCUAAAAUUGCUUUAGCAGCUCAAACCCUGUGUAGAAGCAUUCAACUGCACCAAGAUCUUUGUUCACUACUGCUCCCCCAGUGUCUAGAAAGACACUAACUUGCUUGUUUAUCCAUUGAUCUCUUGCACUCAACUGCUUUGUGACCAUCCUAAUGUAAUAGGGCACAGAGCACCUGUGUAUAUAGGGCUCUUGGUUUUCAGCAUUUAUUUGCCAAUAAACAACCAGUCUGCCCUCCUGUCUCAGAAUCUUGUGUGGGUUCCAUACUGCUUCACUUUCCAGUGAACAUACUCAGUGGGGUAAUUUAAGAGUGCAAUAUUGUUACUUGGAUGUCACAAGAAGUUUGAGAUUAAAGAAGACUCUGAAUCCUC